UGUGCUUUGCUAACCAUGGCUGCAGCUAAGAAACCUUUGGAAUUUCAUGCCAGUAGGCCUUGGGGACCGGAGGAAGGGGUAGAAGAUCCGGACGAGGACGACGAGGACGACAACGAUGAAGCCGAAACUGGGUUCUCCCUGGAGGAAGUGUUACGGCUUGGAGGCACCAAGCAAGAUUACCUUAUGCUGGCUACGUUGGAUGAGAAUGAGGAAUUGGUGGAUGGUGGUAAAAAAGGAGCAAUUGAUGAUCUUCAACAAGGUGAACUGGAAGCAUUCAUUCAGAAUCUUAGUUUGGCUAAGUAUGCAAAAACUUGCUUAAUUGAAGAAGAAGAUGAACGGGCUAAAAAAAAAAAUGCCAGUAAAAAAGAAGCAAAGGCAUCUAAAAUCGAUAGUAAAAAACAUAACACAGUGGAAAGUGAAAGGGCAUCAAUCGAUAAGAUCAAAAGUAAGAAGAGACCAGAACAACAUCCUGGUGAGAACAGCAGCACCUUGCCAAAAGUAAAAAAAGAUAAGCAACAAGACAUUUUUGAAUUUUUUGAGAGACAGACGUUGCUGCUGAAACCUGGGGGGAAAUGGUAUGAUCUGGAGUAUAGCAAUGAAUUUUCUCUGGAUCCCCAGGCACAAGAUGUUGUGUCGAAGUACAAAGCCUUAGCUCAGAAGUUGUAUGAGCAUGAAAUCGACUUAUUCAAAAGUAAGACACAUCAUCAAAAGGGAGGCUCCUCUACCUGGAUGAAAGCAAUAGUGUCAUCGGGGACACUGGGUGACAGAAUGGCUGCCAUGAUUCUUCUUAUUCAGGAUGAUGCAGUCCACACACUCCAAUUUGUAGAAACUCUCUUGAACCUCGUUAAAAAGAAGGGCAGCAAACAGCAGUGCCUCAUGGCUUUGGAUACUUUCAAAGAGUUGCUCAUUACAGACCUUUUGCCAGACAGUCGAAAGCUACGGAUUUUCAGCCAGCAUCCUUUCAACAAACUGGAAGAGCUGUCCAGUGGCAACAAAGACUCAAGAGAUAGAAGAUUGAUACUAUGGUAUUUUGAACACCAGUUAAAACACUUAGUGGCUGAAUUUGUGCACACCUUGGAAACAUUAAGUCACGAUUCAUUAGUAACCACUAAAACUCGAGCUCUUACAGUGGCUCAUGAGCUUCUUUGUAACAAACCUGAAGAAGAAAAGGCUCUUCUCGUGCAGGUGGUAAAUAAACUGGGAGAUCCUCAGAAUAGAAUUGCCACAAAAGCCUCCCACCUUUUAGAGAUAUUACUUUCUAAACAUCCGAAUAUGAAAGGAGUCGUUUGUAGUGAAGUUGAAAGGCUACUCUUUCGUACAAAUAUCAGCCCUAAAGCUCAAUAUUAUGCCAUUUGUUUUUUAAAUCAGAUGACCCUCUCCCAUGAAGAAAGUGAGUUGGCUAACAAAUUAAUCACUCUCUAUUUUUGUUUUUUUCGGACUUGUAUCAAGAAAAAAGAUAUUGAGUCCAAAAUGUUAAGUGCACUUUUAACAGGAGUGAAUAGGGCAUACCCCUAUUCCCAGACUGGUGAUGAAAAAGUGAGGGAGCAGCUAGAUACACUGUUUAAAGUGCUACAUCUAGUGAAUUUCAGUACCAGUGUGCAGGCUUUAAUGUUGCUGUUCCAAGUAAUGAAUUCUCAACAGUCAAUAUCGGAUCGCUAUUAUGCAGCAUUAUAUAGGAAAAUGUUGGAUCCAGGAUUAUUGUCGUGUUCCAAGCAAGCCAUGUUUCUUAACCUUGUUUAUAAGUCUCUGAAAGCUGACAUCAUAUUGCGCAGGGUGAAGGCUUUUCUGAAGAGGUUACUUCAAGUUACUUGUGAACAGAUGCCGCCAUUCAUAUGUGGAGCUUUAUAUCUUGUUUCUGAGAUACUUAAAGCAAAGCCAGCUUUAAGAAGUCAACUAGAUGAUCAUCCAGAGUCUGAUGGUGAAGAAAAUUUUGUUGACAUAGGAGAUGAUGAAGACGUGGAAAAAUUCACUGAUGCUGACAAAGAAACAGACAAAGUCACAGAAGUUGAGACUGAAGAAGCCAUGUCUGAAAGUCAAAAGGAAAGUAAAACACCAAAGUCAGCUUCCUGGGUACACUUUAAUAAUUUGAAAGGUGGCAAACAAGUAAAUACAUACGAUCCAUUCAGUAGAAACCCAUUGUUCUGUGGAGCCGAACAUACAAGUCUUUGGGAACUCAAAAAGCUAUCUGAGCAUUUUCAUCCCUCUGUGGCCCUUUUUGCAAAGACUAUCCUUCAGGGAAAUUAUAUUCAGUAUUCAGGAGACCCACUACAGGAUUUCACCCUAAUGCGGUUCUUGGAUCGAUUUGUAUACCGAAAUCCAAAGCUGCAUAAAGGCAAAGAAAACACAGACAGUGUUGUGAUGCAGCCAAAAAGGAAGCAUUUUAUAAAGGAUAUCCGUAGUCUUGCUGUGAACAGUAAGGAGUUCCUUGCAAAGGAAGAAAGCCAAAUACCUGUGGAUGAAGUGUUUUUCCACAGGUACUAUAAAAAAGUUGCUAUUAUUAAAGAGAAACAAAACCGGCAUGCAGAUGAAGAAAGUAUAGAAGAUGUGGAUGAUGAUGAAUUUGAAAAAAUGAUUGAUACAUUUGAAGAUGAUAAUUGUUUCACCUCUGGAAAGGAUGACCUUGAUUUUGCUGGAAAUGUGAAAAAAAAACCAAAAGGAGCUAAGGAUAACCCAGAACAUGAAGAUUCAGAAGGUAGUGAUGAAGAUUUCGAUAACCUGGAUGAUGAUGAAGUUUCUUUAGGAAGUAUGAAUGAAGAAUUUGCUGAAAUUGAUGAAGAUGGAGGAACAUUCAUGGAUGUAUUAGAUGAUGACAGUGAAGGCAUUCCAGAACUUGAUGGUGAGGACCACUCCAAAGUUAGUACCAAGAGUCACAAAAGAAAAGGUGUAAAUGACUUUGACUUUGCUGGAUCAUUUCAAGGACCCAGGUGCAAAAAAAAAAGGAAUUUUAACGACUCCAACCUAUUUGUAUCUGCUGAAGAGUUUGGACAUCUAUUGGAUGAAAAUAUGGGAUCCAAGUUUGAUAAUAUUGGCAUGAAUGCCAUGGCUAACAAAGAUAAUGCAAGUUUCAAGCAGCUUAAAUGGGAGGCUGAACGUGAUGACUGGCUACACAACAGAGAUGUAAAAAGUAUCAUCAAGAAAAAGAAAAAUUUCAAAAAAAAGAAGUUGAGAACCACUCAAAAUACUAAAAAGCAAAGAAAGUAGUGUUUUUUAAAUAUUUGUAAAUUAAAAUUUUACUUACUCCUAAUUUUUGCUAUUUAGCCAUUUUUCUUGAUCUUCCACUCUAGUUCCAUAUAUUCCAGCUUGUUCAAUGGAUUUAUAAUAAACUAUAAAUAAAAA